CUAUGACUCUACGGCCUGGCUGCAUUUCCUCCAGCCCCCAGUCCCGCCCCGCGCUCCCACCGCGCAGGCGCCGAGCGAGGGGAAGAUGGCGGCGCCCGUGGACUUGGAGCUGAAGAAGGCCUUCACAGAGCUGCAGGCCAAGGUGAUGGACACGCAGCAGAAGGUGAAGCUCGCCGACAUCCAGAUCGAGCAGCUGAGCAAGACCAAGAAGCACGCACAUCUCACCGACACCGAGAUCAUGACGCUGGUGGACGAGACCCGCAUGUACGAGGGCGUGGGCAGGAUGUUUAUUCUUCAGUCUAAAGGAGUCAUUCAUAAUCAGCUUUUGGAGAAGCAGAGAAUAGCAGAAGAGAAAAUUAAGGAAUUAGAGCAGAAGAAGUCCUACCUGGAGCGGAGCGUGAAAGAAGCAGAAGAUAACAUCAGGGAGAUGCUGAUGGCCCGGAGGGCGCAAUAGAUACGAGUUCCCCUGGGGCCACGGAUGGACCUGUGCCACCCCCUGCGUCACACUGGCAGCUCUGCUGUAGUGGCUGUUACGUGGCAGAUUUAAUAAACCCUGCUGCAAAGCCCGUGUUGGCUUA